GCCUCCUAUGUCUGCGUCCCAGCCGUCCUCCCAUCCUCCCUUAUAUCCUCGCAUCACUUCUAUCCAGUUAUAUAGGCCGGCCUGUGCAUGAACAUGACUUGUCUUCCCCUUGACUUCUUUUCGUUAUUAUCUUCUCAACUACGAUGUUCAGUCGUAAAUGUAUCGUGUUUGUUGGCUGGGACCGCCGUUUAUUGGAGACUUAACAUGAUGAUACAUGCAUGCUUUCUUGCAUUUCACAUACAGAAUUUGAAGCUUUUAACUUCCUUGAUCUCUUAUUCCUAUGUACUGUUGUGUUGUGUUUCUUUAUUUCGGGCAAAUGAACGACGGACGGGCUUUGUAUGUGUGUGUGUAUGUGCAUCAUCCAUGACUGCUAGCAUUUGGGUCACGAUUGCCUUUUGUUACUGUUUGUUUGUAUCUUUGUGUAUGAUCGGGUUGACCGAAUUCAUUUGACUAAGGCUCUGCUUACACUUUACACUUACUCUGGUUUAGGUAGUUGAUGGGUAGGUUUGUAUAUUUCGGGUUUUCAUGGUAGUUGGGUUUGGGCAUCCGCGAUCACUACUUGAUUGCCCUGCUGCCUCCGGGGCGA